AUGACGUCGACUGUCCGGAGCAAGAUCGUCCAGGUCACCAAUGUCUCACCCAGCGCCACAACAGAACAACUGAGAACCUUGUUCGGCCACAUAGGUGUUUUGGAGGAGUUUGUGUUGUACCCAGGCGAUGAAAAAGAGGAACCUGCGAGCAAGGUGGCCUACAUACGAUAUCAUGACCCAAUCAAUGCUGAAGUUGCCCUUCAUCUGAAUAAUACGGUGUUUCUGGAUCGCGCUUUGAUUGUUCUCCCUCUUGUGGAUGGCUUGGAGGCGAUUCCCGACGAGAAGUAUGCGAAUCUCGUCAGGGCUCCUCCGAACACUGCCGCCGGUGUAUUGCCCAGAACGGCUGAUUGGCCCCUAGAUGUCAUCAGUAUGGUAGUUGGUCGCCCUGGGGAACAAGUCAUACAUACCAUUGAGCCUAGAUUGUCCACUCUCGUUUUUCCUCUCUACCCCCCUCUCCCUGCAACGACAGACGGCAAUCGCAUCGAGGAGAUUCGGCGCACCAUUCUGGUUACUAACCUUGAUCCCAAAACCACCGGAGACCAAGUUUUAGAGUUCUUCAAUAAGCAUGCGGAAGUAAGGUGCGUGCGGAUGGCGGGAACGGAAUUCGACAGAGCCGCCUAUGUGGAGUUCACGCAACAACCGUCCAUCAUCAAAGCGUUCGGCCUUAUGGGUGCAACGCUUAAUGGUCGUCAGAUAAUGGUCCAACACUCCAACUGCGCUAUCAUCAAGCCAGCCAGUAAUUUCCCUUACUUUGAUGAGGCCAGCAAGGCCGCCGCCGCGGCAGAUGCCAAAACAGACCACCUAACAAGAAUUGAAGUUACAAGCACAGUGAUUGAGCUAACCGCCCCAUCACUCUCUCCUCGCUUCCGGCUACGCACCUCUGGUGAUCCAGAGGCUGCUGCGGCCGGAUGUGCAGAGGUCGGUGUCGUGCUGACUCACCGGGCGGAAGUAUCCUUACUUGACUGGAUAUCCGUUGAUAGUUGCCUCUGUGCGGCCGAGGUCGCAGCCGUUCUCGCUCUCGAGACCGUCGUUCGAGAUCACGCCGGAGGUCCAGCUCACGUCGGCGUCGAAGCCGGUCGCGUGACCGGCGAAGCUCACGUUCUCGACACAGCCGAAGGCGAUCACGUACCCGCUCGAGGUCACAUGGACGCAGGAGGCAUUCCCGUUCUAUCGCGAGAACGCCGGAAAUACCACCGUUCCCGGUCACGUUCAAGUCGGCGGCGUUCAUCAAGGAGCCGAUCCAGAGGGCGACGGGCAGAUCGCCGGGACCGAGAUAGGGACCGUGGUUCUGUCAGAGACGGUCGGGAUCGCACUCGAGACAGAGAUAGACGUGAUCGAGACUACGACAGAGACCGGCGCCGAGAGAAGGAUAGGGAUUAUCACAGAGACAGCAAAUCUCGGAAGCAUCGUGAUGAAAGUCCAAAAGUUUCAACCACUCUGUCAGAGUCUUUGCGUGAAGAACGAAGGGAAAGAGACUCGGCAUCAGCUAUCGGAGAAGGCCGCAAUUCAAGUCCAGUCCGCCCAACUUCAGAAAGUGGUCAAUCAACGACGAAACAUCCUAGACGUGAUAGCAGUGAAUCAAGUUCCAGAAGUGAGAACGGCAGUGAAAUGGACCGUUCACCAGCGUGUCAGAAUGGAGUUGAAAACGAUGAUUCCCUCUCACAGUCCUUCUCAAAUGAUCUUUCGACUAAACCGGUUGUUGUUGGGGUCAAAUUAGCAGGUCCUGAGGACAUGGAUCACGUCUCACCUCAAAACACAAAUCUGGAGUCAAAGAAUUCUCCUGCCUCCAAUGAAAGUGACUCCUCUGGGGAUGCCAUGGAUACGGAAGCUUGAGGCGAAGACUUUCACACUGUUUAUAUUUUCAAUCAUGCAAUACAUAGAAUUUCCUCGUUUCACAGUUCGACAGUCACUCAUGAGUCAUUCCGUUGCAACUUCAGCUGCUCCAACCACAUUAUCUGUUAGGGUCACUGCAAUACUGUGUAACCUACUCCCUUGAGAGCUGAAACUCUUUUGUGUAUAUAUAUGACUGCGUAGGGCCGAAAUAAAAUGCUACUUCC